AUGAUAUUUUUCCUAAAAGCCUGCCGACAACUUUACGAUCAUACAGCCGAUAUAAGUUUGGGUUCAUUUCGUUACACACUCGAACGUUCCACAGUGUUGACAGCAGCUGUACCGUAUUAUCAAACAUUUCAGAUUUACGGAAUACUCACAACAACUCAACUUUAUACAUCGUUGGAGAGGUUGGUCUAUCCCUUUGAUAAUGUAACAUGGAUUUAUUUAUUUUUUAGUGUACAAUUGGGUCUAAUUAUAGCAUUUAUCAUAGAUUACUUAUACGACAAAUCUCUAUUAGUUCGCAUAGCAAUAGGAAAUCCACGCAUAAGGAAUCCGGUUACUAAUGUAAUUCGCUUAUUUAUGGGUCAGUCUUUAAAACAAAUUCCGGAAACACAUUUUUCACGUUUUAUAAUUAUUUCAUGGCAUGUCUAUGGUCUUCUAUUACGUACCGCCUAUCAAUCAUUACUGUUUCAGCUGCUUAAAUUAAAUAUAUACCAUGAACCUCCGGAAAAUCUUUCCGAUCUUAUUAAUCAGCAAUGUAUAUUAGUUAUGACUGAGGGCACUUACGAUACUGUCCUCGUAUAGAAGAGGGUUGCAUCAAUGUUAUAAAACUUAAAAAUACUUCCGAAGAAAGUUCAUUUUUCUUUCUUGAAAACGAUAAAGAAUUACGCUGUUUAGCGGUUGUUUCUCCCAAAGACUUCCUUACCUAUCACGUCAUAAAGGAACGCAAAAUGGGUAUAUUUUAUGUUUUACCUGAACAAUGUAUUUUUCAAAACACUCCUUUUUAAUAAAUCGUUUCAAUGCGUUAUUUAUGAAUUUGCGUAGCAUGGGUCUUAUAGACUUUUGGGCUCGUAAAAGUUUAAAUACGGAUUUUUUGAAGAGUACACGUGAAACUCAAUUUAUUCCCAUAAAUAUGGAAAAUGUAGAGGGUAUAUUAAUUAUUUACAGUGUUUUAAUUUUAAUAGGUAUUGUGGUAUUUUUCAUAGAGAUGAUUAUUUUUAGAGUAAAAUUACUAACAUUUG